AUGGCUCUACGGCUACAAGGCAAUUUGAUGUACGGUGUAUCGCGUGUGUACCUACAACAAUGCGGAUACAUCCUUUCAGACGCAGAGAGUGCUCGAAACGCCCUGCUAGUGAUGCUACGGACGGUGAAGCAUACCGCACUCGAUCCAGAUGCCGGCAAAGCUAGGCCUGAACAGCUCAUACUCGAAGAUGACCCUUCCUUUCUACCCGAGCUUGCGCUUCCUCCCCCAGACUUCCUCGCAGAACUAGACCACAACUUCAACCUCGACAUUGCGCGAUCCGGUGACUCCCAGACGCUCACACCCUUCAGCUCCCAGCAAGCACGAUCCUCGUCCCAUGCCGAUGGCAUCGGCGGGCUCGUCUUGCCCACUUCAUCUCCCGUGAUGGCGGCCGAGUUCAGACUCGACGGCGACGAUGGAGUGGGCAGUGUUGGCGGAGCAAGUGUCAUGUUGGGCGCUGGCGACACGAUCCAGCUUGAAGACCCAGACUUCAUGAUCGCAGACGAUGGCGAGAUCAUUCAGUUGCCACCGCGGCGAAAAAUGCCCAGUACGCCAGCUAGGACCGCGGGUGCGAAGAUGUCCAGCGAUGUCGGGGCCAGUGCGCGGGUUCGCAAGGAACAUGAGGAAGGACAGCAGGCGGGCGAUCAGUUCCCGGGCGAUCAAGAAGAUAUCGGCUUUCCGUCAUAUGACGACGAUCCUAUCGAAGGCGGAGCACUUUCAUCAGACGGUCCGCAACAGUCCAGUCAGCAUUCAGAAAUCAUCGAGUCAUCCGAUUCGCUCGCCGCGCCCAUGCGCCGUCGUCGGAUUCCACGCACUCUUCCUAUCGAUGCAGCUAUAGAGCUUCCCAACAAGGAGCUGGCUGGUUGGCAGAGGAACUACCGUCAGAACAUGAAAGCAGCAGCUCGGCAGAAAAUCCAGAAACGUGCUGCUGCUCAGGCCAAGAAGAAUGCUGAGCACUAUGUCUGGGGCGCUGGCAUCGGUGGUAUCGGUGAACGUGUCUUGGGCGGCCACGUUCCUCAUCCGUUCGACAUGUUCAUUGGUGACAACUUCUUCGAGACGAUCAUGGGCUUCAGUCGCAACAAGGCUAGCGGAGCGAAACAUGACCGCGACAGUGGUAUCGAUGAUGCAACUCAGGAAGAAUCUCGCCGUGUGCGUCAGAGAACCGGCGAGCCUGAGGUCGGCCGCUCGGCUGACAACGAAGACAUUCCUAUGUUUGGUGAAGAUGACAUCGCCGUCGAACUACCGCGCGAGGGUGUCUCCGCACUUGACGAUCAACAGAUCUUCUCAGCGAUGCCAUGGAACAUCAGCGCUUCUAUCAGAGGCUCUUCAGUCGUUCCCCGAAGCGGACGCGCUGGUAUGAUUGGCUCCGCUGAUCAGAGCAGACCUGGAAGCCGCUUCGUCUCUGCUUCUCCCUCAAAAGGUCGCGGACAGCCCAUUGCUCUUGAGGGAUUGAAGGACCUUACGAGUGACGCCGACUACGGUGGUGACGACUUUGAGCUACCAGGUUUCAGCUCCGACUUUCCCGAGCCAGCAGUUCAAGAACCAUCAGCACGCGUCCGCGAGGCCCUGUCCACAGAAGGCGAAAACUUCAUCACUUUCAUCCACGAACGUAUAGUUGAGAAGCGCAAGCGGGCUCAAGCAGACCUAGAGCACGAGCCUGACGUGCUGCAAGCCGAAGCCGCCGCUGACAUCGAGGACAUCGCCUUUGAAGAGCUUCUUCCACCUGCGGAGAACACCAAGAUGAUCGCUUGCCAGGGCUUCAUGAUGGUGCUCGGGCUAGGCUCCAAGGGAAUGCUCCACAUUCAGCAGCCGCAGCACUUGGGCGAGAUCAACAUCAAACUCUCCAGAAAGGCCAAGGACAUGCAGGUCAUUGAGCUCAGCGACGCUGAAGAAUCCGACAAGGAUAGUGCUCAAGAGGAUGACGAUCUUACUGAGAACGUUGAGGUGGUGGAUGCUCAAGACAUUGCAGAACAGCAGGAAGCGGGAGACCAGGAUAUGCAAGAGCACGACGCGAUGGAUGAACAAGAGGGUCACUUCCAGGAGCAGUUCGCCGCUGGCCAUGCUGCUCAAGAGGAUGACCAUGACUCACUCUAUGAUGACUGA